AUGGGUCCUUACAAUCAAUUCACAACGCAAACAGCAACGUACACAUCGUCUUCAAGACUACAAGAAAGCAGUAAUGGAUCGGUUGGUGGUGUAACACAAAACAUUAGCAAUGCUGGUGGUCAUAAAGGCCAUGGAAAACGAUCCAGUACGACAACAAGCACGAGUUCGUCGAGUUCAUACAAUUACAAGCGGUAUCCAGCUGGGUCGUAUACUCAAAAGCAGACACCAGUUGGAGGAAGUGUUGGUGGAAGUACUUACUAUGAACAACAGCAGUAUAAUACGAGCAGUGGUGGAGGAGCUUACGGAACAUUCAGUGGUUAUGGUGAAUCAUUUUAUGGUAGCGAAGCUAACUGUAAAUCAGGUGAUAUGUACCAAAAUCGUCGACAAGGUCGCAUUCGUCGUCAGGCCAUACGUUUACCAGACCAACCAGGUCCUGUACGACAAGUUCGGCAUCGAAUGCCAACACCAGAACCAGAUAUACUUGAACGUGUCUAUAUUCGUCGUCAACCAAGUGAAAUUGUAGAAGAAAUUAUCGAAGAACCAACUACUCCGCCACCACGUAUCCAAGAACGAACUGUUUAUGAACCAUCUGAACCGCCACAAGUCGUACGUAAAGUCAUUCGUGUACCUCCUCGUAGCCAUCCUUGUCCAAUUCAUCAACAAGAAACUUUGAAUCAAUAUGGAAGCUCGAGCGGUGCAAAUACACCAGCUGCUGGCGGCGGAGCAUACGGGGCGGGUUACGGCCAUACAGGGCAAGGAUACAAUACGAGCGGAACAUAUUAUCAGAAUGCUAAUAACAACAAUUAUGCUCAACCACAGCAACAUGUCCCUCCACAAGGUUGCAUGCCACAGCACCAAGUUCCACAAGGAUAUGGACAAACUGGAUACGAGCGUUAUCAAGGAACGCAAGCACCGCAAGGCAGUGCUCCGUUCGGAUAUAACCCAUCUAACAUACAAGGCGUAGCCAAUACCGCAAUGUAUCCACCUCAACCAGCAGCACCGCCACCACCACAGGCCUACACACAAAAUCCUUACACCUAUGAUAUAACUGGUGCUGGUGCCCCAACGUCUUACGCGUCCCAAUCAGCUCUCUCUAGUUAUGGUGCCAAUCCUCAGGGCUUUGGUGGACUACCAAGAGCAGCACAUUUCGGAACCCAAGGGUUUAAUUUCGGAGGAGCAGCUCCAAGUUACGGCGGAGCAGCUCCAAGUUACGGUGGAGCUGCUCCAAGUUACGGUGGAGCAUCAGGCUCUGGAUUAGCACCAGGCUUAGGAGCAGCUCCGGGUCUAGGAUUAACACAAGGUUUAGGAGCAGCCCCCGGUGUAGGACUAACACAGGGUUUAGGAGGAGCCCCCGGUUUAGGACUAACACCAGGUUAUGGUGCAGGAGCUAGUUAUGGACACCCACAAAUGGGUGGCCUAGGAGGUUUUUCUAGUAGUAGUUUUGGUGGUGGUGCAUCAGGUUUUGGUGGCGGCUUUGGUGGGGGGUUGAGCACCAUCGGCAACUAUGCUGCUGAUGGUAGCUACGCAGGUGGAUCGUUCGGUCAAGGCUUAGCAGGUUAUGGAGCUCAAAUUAAUCCGUUCGCGGGAAGUUUUAGUGGUGGUGCAAUGUCUGGUUUUGGUGGAUUUGGCGGUACUGGAUUCAGCAGUUCAAUGGGUGGUCUAGGCGGCUAUGGCAGCUCAAUUGGCGGCUUUGGUGGCCUCCCAUUUACUAGUAGUGCUUCAUUCGGUGGAUGCUGUCCUCCACCUUGUCCAAUGCCAUGCCCACCGAUGCCAUGUCCCAUGCCAUGUCCCAUGCCAUGUCCUCCACCCUGUCCUCCGCCGCCAAUCAUUCAACAAGUACCAUGUCCAGUACCUGUUCCUGUUCCUCAACCAUGUCCUGUGCCUGUACCCCAACCGUGUCCCGUACCUGUGCCACAACCAUGUCCCGUUCCAGUUCCUGUACGCGAAUGCGUUCCUGUACCUCAACCUUACCCUUGUCCUGUGCCAGUUCCUGUUCCACAACCUCAAAUCCAAUGUGUGCCUGUACCUGUUCCUCAACCAUGCCCAGUACCGUGCCCUGUCCCUGUUGAACGAGUGGUUUGUCAACCAGUCUGCAUUCCUGUUCCUCAACCAGUCCCACAACCAUGUCCAGUCCCUGUACCACAACCUUGUCCAGUUCCUGUUCCUGUUCCAGGUCCUACCCAAUGUGUGCCCGUUCCUGUUCCUCAACCAUGCCCUGUUCCUGUACCACAACCAUGUCCUGUUCCUGUUCCUGUUCCAGGUCCACCACAAUGUAUUCCAGUGCCCGUACCAGUUCCUUGUCCUUGUCCACCGCCUCCAAUGUGCUGUCCUCCACCACCAAUGUGUUGUCCACCACCACCGCCAAUGUUUUGUCCACCACCACCAAUGUGUUGUCCACCACCACCAAUGUGUUGCCCACCACCACCAAUGUGUUGUCCGCCACCAAUGUGUUGUCCAAGUCCAUGUGGUCCAUUUGGUGGCGGGUUGGGAGCUUACGGAGGUCCAUUAGGAGGCUGUGGCGGCGGUGGCCUAGCAGCCUAUGGUGGCCUCCCUGCAGGUGGUUUUGGAGGAAUCUGUGGUGUACCUAUUGGCUUUGGCUUUACCACGACAGUUGGUGGUAGUCUAGACCCAUUCACAGAUGAUUUGUAUGGUGGAUCUCUCUCCUAUGGUCCAGGAUAUGGCUUUACGGCUUCUGGUUUACCAUCACGUGGUAUCGGUGGAUUCAAUCGUGGAAUAGGUCGUGCUCCCUAUAGACAGUUAUUCUAA